UUCGUAGAUAGUUAUAAUAUGAAUUUUGAGUGACAAGCUGGCCCGAGGCUAUACUUCUAAAAUUUGAUAGCAAGCGAAAUUCUUUCAGAAUCUAAAAAUCAAAAUGAGUUUAAAGAAAAAAGUAUGUGGUCUAUGGUGCAGGCACAAACCAUCGAAAAAUCAAAAAGCAUUGGCCGUAGCCUUCGCACCAUCCGCUGCCACCUUUGGGAUGGCUGCAGCAUUGGCUGUUGUUUACUAUACCGAUUGGAAAGUAAUUGCCGGAUGGAUUCCCCUAUAUAAUACCAAGUUCCCUAAGCCUGAAGACCCUAAGAAAAAAAAGUAAUAGGAGAUGAAGGCUGCCGCUCGCUUAUUUUUAGUCUCUACGCUUGAACAAAAUCGUAUUCUUGAAGAUCGUGACUUCUGGGGAAAAUUAUACAAAUAAACGCUAUUACU